ACCAGGGGGUGCAUCCCGCGGUUCAUGGCCACCUUCGACAUGUUGAACUGUCAUGUUGUAUGUUUGUAUGAGCUCCUUGUAACGUCAUUCUGUUGUAACAGUAGAUACUAGAAUGUAGGGCGUCCUGGUCAAUCGCCACUAUCCCAUCGUGGCCCUGCAUGUAAGGAUCACGCCAUGUAUAUCUACCUGUAACUGUACCAGUGAAUGAAUGCGGGAUUCACAAUUCUUGUUGGUAAUCAGAGCCUUGCCAUGUCUACCAGCUCCUCCCACUCUCCCUCCGCCUCGCCUCCCCUCAUGCGCGACGACGAUGGCUCGGCCAUUGCAAACCUCUCCGCCGGCCUGUCUUCUGGUGAGCGGCCACGCGCAUCGCUCUCCCCUGAUCUCCCUGCAUCUGGCGAUCUUCCCCUAGCUUCCCACCCACCCAACACUGCCUCUCUCCCUGUGCCACCGCCCCCGGCUGCGCCCUCCACUCCCAUACCAGCCAGCAUCAUCGGCGUCCUGGAUUUCAAGCUGGCUCUUGACGACAGCAACUUCACCCGCUGGCGUAACUAUGUCACCCUCGUGCUCGCGCGGUACCAUGCGGAGGACCAUAUCCGCGUCGGCGCGGAUCGCCGUCUCGCCGACCCUGCUUGGCGGGACGACGACAACACCCUCGUCUUGCUGUUCUUCUCCACCAUCGACGGCGACCUCCUCGACAUCAUCGCUCCCGCCGGCUCCACUGCCUUCACCAUCUGGAGCCGCUUACACGAGUACUUCCUCGCCAAUGAGGCUGAACACACCAUGCACCUGGGACAGGAGUUCCGCCGCUGCGAGCGUGGUGAUCUCUCCAUCAACGACUACUGCCGUCGUCUGCAAGGGAUCGCCGCCUCCCUCGCUGAUGUCAAGGAGCCGGUUACGGAUCGGGCCCUCACGUUGCAGAUGCUCGAUGGUCUCGGGCCCAAGUUCGCUAUGCAGGCCGCCAUCCUCCAGGCCACCAUGCCGCUGCCCUCCUUCAACCAGGCGCUCUCUCGCCUCGUCCUCGCCGAGCUGACCCUGGACAAGCGCGCUCCCGCCGAGGGCGCCCAAGUCCCCACCGUCCAGCACGACGACCGCGGCGGCCACGGCGGCAACGGCGGUGGCGGCGGCAACGGCGGCAGCGGUGGUGGCCGCGCGGGACAGCUCGGCACCAACCGCAACGGUGGGCGCGGCGGGCGCGGACGCGGCCGUGGCCGUGGCCGCGGUGACACAGCCGGUGGGCGCGGCGCUGGAGGCCAGCCCUGGCUCGGCUACUUCGCGCCGAUGGGGAUGCCCUUCCCUCCGCCGUGCGCCCCCUAGAUUCCACCCAACAGCGUCGGCAUCCUCGGCCCCCGCCCCGGCAUCCCGCAGCAGGCAUAUCCCGUGAUGCUCCCUGAUGCACCCUCGCCCACUCCCGCUCCACCCGCCUCGUACGGCACACCACCUCUCUCGUGGGACGCCAGCGCCCUCUACCAUGCUGCGCCCAGCUACGGCACCGCCUUCUCGCCCCAUGCUGCCGAGUGGAUCAUGGAUACAGAUGCGGCGUUGCACGUCUCCGGGGACCCAGGAUCUAGCCACCAAGGAAGUUCUUCUGAGAUGCAACAGUGAAGGCGAUCUCUAUCCCUUCUCCGGCACCAAUGGCGCUGCACCGUCGUCGGCCUUCACCAUCUCCACACAUGACUUGUGGCACCGGCGGCUUGGGCACCCGAGUUCCUCCUCCUUUUCCCCUUUUUCCUUAAAUUUCCUCAAAACUUGUAAUAAAGAUGCCCGCAAAUCACCAUUAUGUACCGCAUGCCAACUUGGCAAACAUACACGCCUCCCUUUCCCUUCCUCCACCUCCUACACCACCGCCCCAUUUCAUUUAGUUCAUUGUGAUUUGUGGACAUCACCGGUUGUGAGUUGCUCAGGCUACAAGUAUUAUCUUAUGAUUAUUGAUGAUUAUACUCAUUUUUCAUGGA